AUGCGUCUUCUUCUCAUAACCACCGUUCUGCUACCAGUGACCCUCUGUUCAGUCCUUGAUAUGUUCCGUAAUCAUGGAAUCGAAUACGAAGUGUACGGCGAAGGUCGUCUUAUUCCGGAGAAACAGCACUGCGUACCGUAUACCCUGGAUCUCAACGAAUUCGUGAACACCUUCAACACGAACAACAUGAACGAGUACAGCCGCGGCCUUCUCCAGAAACGAAUCUUCACCAGCUUCGACUCGAUCUGCCGUGCGUUCCAUAUCGAAACGGACAACGAGACGGCUCCUCAGUACAAUCUGACCGAGGACAGAGGCCAGAUGCGCUACCUUGACUACUUCGACUACAACUGGAAUUCUCUCCGUUUCGAGAGAGAUCUCAAGUCACUCUUCCUCGAGAACAAAAUCAAUAAUCCGUUUUUGAAUGCUGUCAGCGAAGAGACGACCCGUCGUGCCGGAGCAAGUGACCUUCUUGACUUCUCUCAGAAGACCACUGUCUUCCCGAAGACGUGCAAUGUCAAGAAGAUGACUGUUGACACGAACAUCUGCUUCAACAUCUCCGACACUCCACAGGCUGGAACUAUUUACGCGGUAAGAAUAAUUCGGGACAUAGUCUCAUUCGUUCAAUCCAUAAUUCCAGCUGGUCCACGGAGGAGAGUUCUUGCACGACGAGGAGGUGUACGCCUACUACGACAUCCCGCAGUUCGUCCUCAUCACCCAACAGGCAGUCAUCCCGAUCGAACUGGAGAAGUGCAAAGUCUUGUUCGGUACCUACAUAUACUGCUUCGAUGAGCUGGACACCCAAUGCGACGUCCGCACCCUCUCCGACUGUCCGAUCUACGCGUUUAAAAGCAGCGACGAGUUUGUUUUCCGUCGCAACUUCGGAGUCGGAUUCCUCUACGCCACCACCGAAUCGGAGAUCGAUCUGUACGCGAACGGAACCAAGUCGGUCGUGCCCAGCCGCAUCUUCGUGCUCCGCACCUCGUUCGAAAGCUCCGCCAAACCGAACGGACAGCCAAUCAUGAAUCCCGAGAUGACUGCUCACUUGCCAUCCGAGAAGAGCCAGUUCGCCGCUCUUCUCCCGGAGACCAUGAACGUUCUGAACGCGGAGACGCCGACGCGACUCUACACGACACAGAUACGUGGCAAGAACCAGCUGAGCCACAAGCACUUCGACCAGGGAGCUUGGGACGCCGUGCGCGACUUCUUCGGCUUCUAA